GAUGAUACGAAUGCUGCUAGUGGGUUUGAGCACAGCGAUAAGCUGGUGUCAUCAUCGCCAGAGUCUGUGGACGAUAAUGCUCAAACAGACAGCCGCAAUGAGAGACGCAGAAUGCUCAGUGCAAAGAAUGCUCGACUCUACCGCUCCCGCAAGAAGAAUGAGCUGGUGACGUUGAUAGAGCAAGCUCACCGAUUCGAGGAGCAGCUGAACGCAUUACGGCGCAGACAUCACGUGCUCCGCGCAGAUAGUGCUGUUGCAUGUUGGGAGGAGAAGGCAAUUGCUCAACGACUCAGAAGGCGUCAAGCUGAGGAGUUAAAUGAGCAGCUGAAGCACGCACUAUUUACCUAUACCGGUGUGGGUCGCGACUCGAGGUCCAUUUUUACCGAGUCGGCACCUCCAAGCGCAGCGCUCAAUAUGCGGCAUUUUCUACACAUGUACACUCACCUCCGAAGAGAGCCCCACCUCCGAAUGCGAGACUUGGAAGCUGUCGGCACGGCCACCAAGAUCAACCGUGCUAUGCAAGUUGUGUUACGCGAAACAGCGACCAUCCCGGUUUCUACUGCCCCCGAGAUUCUGUUCCAGGAGCUCGAUCUAGGCGCUGAGGGUCUCGGCAAGACCAGCACUGCAGUGUAUGCGUUCAACACUAGAGAUGCGAGCAAGGCAUUCGACGUGGCGUGCAGGGCGAUACUGAAUACCUGUGGAGUUUGGCCUGAUCACUCCCGAAUUGAGUCAUCGAUGAAGUUUGUAGACGUCCCCCCAACGGAAUUCAAUGUUCGGUACGGUAUCACAAAGCACAGCUACCAGCAUAACGUGACGAAGGCUCAAGCUUCUACUGAAGCGAGGGACCUUUAUUAUUCUCGAAUGAUCGGGUCUUGCGGUGUUCUGGUCUGGGACUUUGUCGACGACGACGACUCGUACCCGUUGAAAUGUAGCACAUUUAUCAAGCGUGACACCGUCGGAGCGUUGGUACUACGUCCAGAGGUCUGCGCGGACGGCGUGGAGCGCAUGGUCUGUCGCAAUAUUUGCACGGACAUGCAAAUACUCGUGAAUUCGCCGAAACCAUCACUAAAUGUUGCCGAAUAUGCACUGCUGGAAGACAUGAUGGUGUACGAAUUCAUCAAGGAAGGAGCCACGGACUGGCAAGACUCAAUGGCGUACGUAGAGUAA